AUGUUUGAAAGAGUUCCCACGAAUCCACAAAUAACAUAUAACUAUAUUCAAAAUAUAUUUAUAACCAAUGAGAUUAAACCAUAUAAAAAAGAAGAAGAUAUAAUAGCGAGAAGAUUAAAUUUUGUUAGAUGGAUGUUUCAACAAAUACAUGCUAGUUUUGUUGCGACUAAAACAUAUAAAAGUAAAACAGAAGAAUAUUUAGCAAUGAUAUUUGCAGAAUGGAUUAAAGUUAAUGUAGUGCCGGGGACAGAUUUACCAUCUGGUAUUCCAGAUGCGAUUGCUGGAGCUCGUAGAAAACGAGAAGAAGAUAGUGAUGAUGAUUCUGGAAGAA